UUGAGAAGCGGCAGCGCUCCACUCGCUCACAUUCACCGUUUUAAGCUUAUAUCGAUUCGUGCAUGUGCUGGACCGAUCUGGCCUUCAACCGCUCACUGAUGCUGUAGCCCGUUGUUCUGGGCGAAACUACCGCUGUCUGUGAAUAGGACCAUGAAUCCCAACCCUAAAUAAAUGGUCACCGGCAGUGGGAGUGGGGGGAAAGCUACUUCGGUGACGGUCACCGGCGCUUGAGAUUCUCGGGAGAGAAAAGAAACGCGGAGUUUUCGGCGGUCAUUUGACAGGCGCCGCCACCUUGGACCGAUGCCGCCGGUUCAGAGGACUGUGUCGGACCUCCGGUCCCGUGCUGACGGUUAUGAAAAGACGGAAGACGCUUCAGAGAAGACCUCUCUAGCGGAUCAGGAAGACUCCCGGCUAAUAUUCCUCAAUCAGCCCCAGUUUACCAAGUUCUGCUGUAAUCGAGUCAGCACCGCCAAGUACAACCUGCUGACGUUCCUGCCUCGGUUCCUCUACUCUCAGUUCAGAAGAGCGGCCAACUCCUUCUUUCUCUUCAUUGCUCUGCUGCAGCAAAUCCCUGAUGUUUCGCCGACAGGACGAUGGACGACACUGGUGCCCUUACUUUUCAUUCUGGUGGUGGCAGCAGUGAAAGAGGUCAUAGAGGACCUGAAACGUCACAAAGCAGACAAUGUCGUCAACAAGAAACAGACGCAAGUAUUACGGAACGGAGCUUGGGAGAUUGUACACUGGGAGAAGGUUGUGGUUGGAGACAUAGUUAAAGUAAAUGGCAAAGAUUAUGUACCAGCAGAUUCUAUACUCCUCUCGUCCAGUGAACCUCAAGGAAUGUGCUACAUAGAAACCUCAAAUCUGGAUGGAGAGACAAAUCUCAAGAUCAGACAGGGUCUACAGAUCACCGCUGACAUUAAAGACAUUGACAGUCUGAUGCGUCUGUCGGGACGGAUGGAAUGUGAGAGUCCCAACAGACACCUGUAUGAGUUUGUGGGAAAUAUUCGCCUGGAUGGACACAGCACUGUACCACUGGGUCCAGAUCAGAUUUUGUUGAGAGGAGCUCAGCUCAGGAACACACAGUGGGUUCAUGGUAUUGUGGUUUAUACAGGCCAUGAUACUAAACUCAUGCAGAACUCCACCCGCCCUCCUCUAAAGCUGUCCAACGUGGAGCGCAUCACAAACUUUCAGAUCCUCUUUCUUUUCGGCUGUCUGUUGGCCAUCUCGCUGGUGUGCUCCAUCGGCCAGACCAUCUGGAAAUACCAGUACGGCAACGACGCCUGGUACAUGGACCUCAACUAUGGUGGAGCGGCUAACUUCGGCCUGAACUUUCUCACCUUCAUCAUCCUCUUCAACAACCUGAUUCCCAUCAGUCUUCUGGUGACUCUGGAGGUCAUAAAGUUCGUCCAAGCUUUCUUCAUCAACUGGGACACUGACAUGAUGUAUGAAGCCACCAAUACGCCAGCUCAGGCACGGACGUCGAACCUGAAUGAAGAACUGGGACAGGUGAAGUACAUCUUUUCGGACAAGACUGGCACCCUGACCUGCAACGUCAUGCAGUUUAAGAAGUGCACCAUUGCAGGCGUGGCCUAUGGUCAUGCAGCUGAAGUUGAGGAUGGUAGUUUUGCAGAGGAGGACUGUCACAGCUCUCAAUCCACGGAGGAAACUGGAUUUAAUGACCCCAGUUUAUUGGAAAACCUCCAAAGCAAUCAUCCCACUGCUCCCGUCAUAAUGGAAUUUAUGACCAUGAUGGCUAUCUGUCACACAGCUGUCCCUGAACGCACGGAUGGCAAGAUCACCUACCAGGCUGCAUCACCAGAUGAAGGAUCUCUGGUGCGGGCGGCGCAAAACCUGGGCUUCGUGUUCUCAGGGAGAACUCCAGACUGUGUUAUUGUGGAGUCGUUCGGAGAAGAGGAGAAAUAUGAAUUGCUGCACGUCUUGGAAUUCACAAGUCCCAGAAAGAGGAUGUCAGUCAUCAUGCGCACUCCAUCAGGAAAGAUCCGCCUUUAUUGCAAAGGAGCCGACACGGUGAUCUAUGAGCGAUUAGCUGACAGUUCCAGAUACAAGGACAUCACCCUGAAACACCUGGAACAGUUUGCAACAGAAGGCCUGCGCACACUGUGUUUCGCUGUGGCGGACAUAUCAGAGUCGUCUUACCAACAGUGGCUGGAAAUUUACCAUCGUGCUUCAACAUCUCUUCAAAACAGAGCCCUCAAGAUGGAGGAGAGCUAUGAGCUUAUUGAAAAGAACCUGCAGCUGCUGGGGGCCACAGCCAUUGAAGACAAACUGCAAGAUAAAGUCCCAGAAACCAUUGAGACCCUUAUGAAAGCGGACAUUAAGAUCUGGAUCCUCACUGGGGACAAACAGGAGACCGCCAUCAACAUAGGACACUCGUGCAAACUUCUCACGAAGAACAUGGGCCUGCUGGUGAUCAACGAGGACACCCUGGAUGGUACGAGGGAGAUCCUUAGUCAUCACUGCGGCAUACUGGGAGAUGCUCUGCACAAAGAGAACGACUUUGCUCUUAUCAUUGACGGAAAGACGCUGAAGUAUGCCCUCACCUUCGGGGCCCGUCAGUACUUCCUGGAUCUGGCCCUGUCAUGCAAGGCUGUGAUAUGCUGCAGGGUUUCUCCUCUGCAGAAGUCUGAGGUGGUCGAGAUGGUAAAGAAGCAAGUGAAAGUGAUCACUCUGGCUAUUGGAGAUGGAGCCAAUGAUGUGGGCAUGAUCCAGACCGCCCAUGUGGGUGUCGGGAUCUCUGGCAAUGAGGGACUGCAGGCUGCCAACUCGUCCGAUUACUCCAUUGCACAGUUCAAAUACUUGAAGAAUCUUCUGCUAGUUCACGGCGCCUGGAACUACAACCGCGUCGCGAAGUGCAUCCUGUAUUGCUUCUACAAAAACAUUGUGCUUUACAUUAUCGAGAUCUGGUUUGCAUUUGUAAACGGCUUCUCUGGUCAGAUUCUGUUCGAGCGGUGGUGCAUCGGGCUGUACAAUGUGAUCUUUACCGCUCUGCCUCCUCUCACUCUGGGCAUCUUCGAGCGAUCCUGCAGGAAAGAGAACAUGCUGAAAUACCCUGAACUCUACAAAACCUCCCAGAAUGCAAUGGGCUUCAACACUAAGGUCUUCUGGGCCCAUUGUCUGAACGGCCUGUUUCACUCCGUCAUUCUCUUCUGGUUCCCCCUCAAGGCCUUCCAGCACGACACGGUCUUUGGAAACGGAAAGACACCAGACUAUCUCCUCUUAGGCAACAUGGUUUACACAUUUGUGGUGAUCACGGUCUGUUUGAAAGCUGGGUUAGAGACGUCGUCUUGGACCAUGUUCAGUCACAUUGCCAUCUGGGGCAGCAUUGGAUUGUGGAUAGUCUUCUUCGGCAUCUACUCUUCUUUAUGGCCAAUGAUCCCUCUGGCCCCGGAUAUGUCAGGAGAGGCAGACAUGAUGUUCAGUUCAGGACUCUUCUGGAUGGGCCUGAUCUUUAUUCCCAUCACCUCUCUGGUGUUUGAUGUGGCAUACAAAGUCAUGAAGAAGGUGUGUUUCAAGACCCUGGUGGAUGAAGUGCAGGAGUUGGAGGCGCUGUCCAAAGACCCCGGAGCCGUGGUGCAUGGAAAGAGUUUGACUGAGAGGGCCCAGCUUCUGAAGAACGUGUUCAAGAAGACCACCGUCAGUCUGUACCGAUCCGACUCCAUGCAGCAGAACAUCCUCCAUGGCUACGCAUUCUCUCAAGAUGAGAACGGAGUGCUGUCCCAGUCUGAGGUCAUCAGAGCCUACGACACCACCAAGCAGCGGACCAAUGAGUGGUGAGAUCCGGCUCGAUGGUCCCCCCACCCUCCGCGGCCACUCUACUUUUAAAUGCCGUCAGCCUGUCGGUCUAUCUUUGGCCAGCCUGGGGGAACCCUGGGCAACAACAGAUAUGAAAAGCAUGUUUGGGUAGGGGAGAGAUAUUCUCAUCUCGGGCUUUGAAAGGAAACAAAGAUUUAAGGGGUUGUCUGUUGAACAGCAGACACAAGCACUGUGCUAGAAUACUUUUUGCCCAGUGUGCGGUCAGUAUAAAUUUGUGAUUUGUCAAGUGGAGGAGAGCAAACGUGAAGAACUGACUCUCCUCUCCUCCACCAUUCCUUCGGCUCUGAGUGUUGCAGCCAAAAAUGUGACGAUGAAGGUGUCGAGAAACGUUUGUGUGCUCUUCAACUGUGACGUCCUGUUUAUUAAUGCCACAUCUGUUGGUCAGAAUGUUCCCUUUUUGUUUUUAGUGUAUAGUUGUUUUUUAUUUGCAUUUAAAGUUUCACGUUCCAAAGAACAAUAUGAAUGCAGUCCCUGUUUUAAAGAAAUCAUAGGAAAACAAUUGUUAUGUGGUCCUUUACACUUGUUAAAUGCUUUCUGCACUAAUGUGACCACUUUACACCCAACUUUUUAUUUUCACGUUAAAUCGAACAUUAUAAGGCCUUACAUGUGUUGUUGCCUUCUACCAUAACUGGAUGUUGUUGUUUUUUGUUUAUUUGUGAGAUAUUUGUGGAUUUUCCUCGUCAGUCAGUUUAUCGUGCCUGAUUCUUUCAGAUCUCUUUCAGCUCGCACGGAUCUGUCAUUUUAUACAAUUUGGCAUCAUUUCAACGGCUCUCUUGAACAAGUCUCUGCAAUCCACAUAUUACACGGCUGCAAUGAUCACAAAGGUGCCUAACAGGAACUGUUUUUCCCCAGUGAGAUAGAAUUUCAGAGAAUAGGUAGCGGUAUAGCACGCUUAAAGGGAUACUUCACCCAAAAAUGAAAAUUCUGUAAUCAUUUAAUCACCUUCGAGUUGUUCCAAAUCUGUAUAAAAUUCUUUGUUCUGAUGAACACAGAGAAAGAUAUUUGGAAGAAUGCUUAUUACCAGACAGAUUUUGCCCCCCCAUUGAUUACCACAGUAGGAAAAAAAACAAUGGUAGUUAAAAGUGCCCCAGAACUGUUUGCUAUCCAACAUUCUUGAAAAUUUAUUUUGUGUUCAACAGCACAAAAAAUUAUAAUGUAAUUUUUCAUACUAUGGUAGUCAAUUGGAGGCAAAAUCUGUCUGGUUACAAGCAUUCUUCCAAAUAUCUUUCUCUAUGUAAAUCAGAACAAAGAAAUAUAUACAGAUUUGGAACAACUCGAUGACAGAAUUUUCAUUUUUGGGUGAAGUAUCCCUUUAAGUUAGACCAAAAUAACGACAUCGUCCAUCUCAUAUGUUGUCCAUAUUGUAUCAGGCUGCUAUAGGAGUGUGAGGAGAUAUUUUUAAGCCUCACAUUGAACGGUUUAUGGUCCUGUUUGAUAAUGCGUUGUCCGCCGUAACAUUUAUUCAACAAUUUCCACAACACCGUUUCAAUCCUUCAAACGCAAGUGCCAUUAGCAUAGAAGAACGGAGGAUUUCGCCACACCCGUAUCGAUACAACUGUCUCAAUAGUUAUUUUGUGAAUUUGUAUUUUUAUAUUGGACUUAAGUGUGACUUUUUGGACCGACCUGCUUUGUAAUGAAACCGUGUCCCUCUUUUGUGGCUCCUCUUCACAAACCGGUGGUGGUUCAUGAGCUUUGCCUGUGACUACAACUGUCGUAUUGACGCUUCUUUAUUUGAUGGUGGAGUUUGUGCGUUAGUUUCCUUCUCCCCGUGGGAGAGCACGUUUUGUACAGCGUGUCUGCGCAACGUGUGUCGUCUGCAUGUGCAUGUGAGCUAAGGAUGCGUGUUUGUGUAACGUUACGUGCGGCCGUGCGAGCAUAUGUCUCGAUCCCUUCGGUAUGCAUGUCCAUUUAUUGUUUUAAGGUCGGUCUCUUGGUGAAUCGCCCUGUUUGCUUGAGAGACUCGAAAUGGUUGAGAAUGUGUGAAGUCCUGUUGGUCUGAUUGUGUGGUGCUGCUUGUUUUGUUCGUCUGCACGACUCCAGGUAUACUAAGGUGAGCUAUAUGCAGAUGCAUGGCCCUGUAUGUUAACAGGUGUGUGUGCAGGUUUAAGUGUGUGAGUCUCUUUAUGUAUCUCUGUUCGUAUGAAGCUCUGCUAAAGCUUGACCGGAGAUGUUGCACAGUGCACUCUUUUAAUAGUUUAUGUGAUUAAUAUCUUCUAUCUACUUGAUUAUCAGUUGCAAUAUUAUUUAUCUUGGAUGGAUGUAUAUGUUUGUUAUUUAGUUUCCGAUCUCAGUGCAACUCUUCUUCUUCUUCAAGCCGAUAUGUCUUUUUUUACACAACAAGAAUAGAAGGCUACAUUUAUGGUAAUGUGCAUUUUGUUUCUUAAGAUGUGCUAUUGAUUGGUCUGUUUGUUUGUUGUGGGUCGUCUCACUGGUUCUAACGCUGAAUUUAUGGCCCUCUGAUGUUACGUACAGUAUGUAUGACGUGACAUAGAGGCUCGGACUGUUGCUUUCUGAAAUGUCGUCUGUCGAAGUGAUGCAUGAAUGGAAAAUCAUUCUUCGGUUAAGCCUAAAUGUUAAUUGUAAGCCUCUAGUGUCGGUCACUUUAAAGAAUGAAAAUGCACUUUGGUUUGAAUUCUCUAUUGGGUGUUUUGUUUUGCUUUUAAAUCUUUCGUUUAUGUCUUUUUGUUCAACGAUUGUUUAGCAUGUUGGAACUGCAAACUUUUAAGUGUCGUCUUUAACUGCCAUAAAGGACUACUGAAAUAAACAUUGCAACCGAA